AUGGACAACGAAAGCGAAUCUACAACAACGAGUGAGGAUGAGGCACGACUUGAAAGUAGUCCUUCAGAUGGUAUUAUUACUUCUGUUGUUAUUUUUGUUCUUUUAUGCGUUUUACUUGUUAUUCCCAUACUUCAAUUAGCAAUUGGUGCAUCAUUUCAAAAUCAAUGUCCAGUUAAUCCAAAUAUUCCCACAUACCUCAUUGUAUCAGGUGCAUUUGGUAUUGCAACUAUAGUUCUUACCAUAAUUAUGACACUUGCAUAUAUAUUGUGGAUUAAACAACUUGCUCUUGACUCAGGUAUUUGUGAUGCAUAUGCUGCAUCUAUUAUUAGUGGAUGUAUUAUUGGUUCGAUAUGUUUAGUUUUACUUCUAAUGAGUUUUUUCUUAUUUUUUUGGUUUAUUGUGGGUAAUGUAUGGGUAUUUAGCGUACAUAGUAAAGUUGAUUUGGAUAAUCUAUUAUCACCUAAUUAUUGUCAACGAACAUUGUAUCAAUUUGCUUUUACAAUAAUAAUUAUGUCAUAUAUUAUAAGUGUUAUAGGUUGUUGUUGUUCGUACUUUCGUUGUUGUAACGUUGGAAAAGCACAAUUAAAAUCUGAUAAAGAGCGUAUGAUUAUGUUAAGACAAAUGAAAAGACAAAGACAUUUAUAA